AUGGGAAACCAUGUACUGGCCGUUUCGAUUUCCAUGCUGUCCCUACUGGCAAUAAUGGGAGACUCAGACAGCAAAACGGACAGUAGCUUCAUGGUAGAGUCAGACCCAGGCCGCUGCAUGAGGCAUCAUUAUGUCGAUUCCAUCAGCCACCCGUUGUAUAAGUGCAGUUCAAAGAUGGUGCUGCUGGCUCGCUGUGAGGGACGCUGCACUCAGACGUCACGCUCUGAGCCAAUGGUGUCCUUCAGCACGGUCCUGAAACAGCCCUUCCGAUCCACGUGCCACUGCUGCCGGCCACAGACAUCCAAGCUGAAGGCCAUGCGGCUGCGCUGCUCCGGCGGCAUGAGGCUUACCGCCACCUACCGCUAUAUUCUGUCCUGCCACUGCGAGGAAUGUAACUCCUAG